AUGUCGCACCUCAAGUACGCCGAUGCCAAAUAUGUCUUUCUUACCGAUUUUGACGGUACCAUCACCCUUCUCGACUCCAACGAUCACAUGGUCGACACCGUCGGUAUGGGUUACACCGAGCGCCGUAAGCUCAACGUCGAGAUCGUCGAGGAGCGUCUCUCCUACCGUGAGGGAUUCAAAAAGAUGAUCGAGUCCGUUAAGCGUCCCUUCUCCGAGAUGGAGGAGCUCGUUCGUCGCGAUGUCACCCUUGACCCUGGUUUCAAGCAGUUCUACGCUUUCGCCAAGGCCAACAACAUCCCCGUCAUUAUUGUUUCCUCCGGUAUGACCCCCAUCAUCCGCUCCAUUCUCUCCAACCUCAUUGGCGAGAAGGACGCCAACGAGAUCGACGUCAUCUCCAACGAAGUCAACUUUACCGACCCCGAGAAGAAGGGUGAAACCUGGGAACUCGUCUACCGUCACCCCGACAACCACUUUGGACACGACAAGUCUCUCUCCAUCGCUCCUUACCGUGAGCUCAAGAACCGACCCACGCUCUUCUUCGCCGGUGACGGUAUCUCGGACAUGUCGGCCGCUCGUCACGCCGAUGUUCUGUUUGUCAAGGAUAAGGAGGACAACGAUCUUGCCACUUACUGCAAGACCAACAACAUCCCCUUCCACCUCUUCCGCGAUUGGACCAUCCCCAAGAAGAUGCUCGAAAAAAUCAUCUCGGGUGACCUCAAGAUCGAGGAGGUCUCUGGUAAGAGCUCCAACAACGGCGACUUCUAA